AGGCUCAGCUCCAUGGGACGUCACCGCGAAGCUGCGCCCGCUUGUGCGACGCACAUUGGGUCUCAUAGGCGUUGAGGAAGCGGAUCGAUACCUCUAAGUCCCACUUCAUCGCUGCUCCAAGCGACGGCAACUGUCGACACAUACAAGAACACUUUGGUGCACCCAGAGCCUGAGCCUGCAUCAAACAUGGCCGCGAGCGCAAGACUAUUCCGUCAAUUGGCCGUGCGAGCAACCGCCGCAACGGGCGCAACCACGCUGCUCGCUGCGAAUUGCGACGGCACAAAGCCGCCGGGCACGCGCGAGCUGAACCGGCUCCCGACGAAGACCGGCGAGGCGCCCAAGCUGCAGCGCCUCCCGUCAAAGGACGCCGACCUCCCCGAGCCGCCCUCCACACCCGCCUCCACGGCGUCGACGCGCCUCCACGGCCUCGUCGAGACGCGCGACGUCGAGGGCCUCCGGUCGUUGCUGCGCGACGGGCACGUGAACCUCGCGGCGCGGAACGGCGACGGCCUCACCGCCCUUUUAGUGGCGGCGCGGCUGCGGGAACACGAGGCGGCGGAGAUUAUUCGCCUCCUCACCGACGCCGGCGCCUCCGUCGACGACAUCGACCGGUUGGGGCGGGGCGCGCUGCACCUGGCCGCGCUGGCCGGCAAUCCGGCGACGACGCGCGUCCUGCUGCAGCGGGGCGCGGACCCGCGCCGCGUCGACGCGCGGCGAGGGGCCACGCCGGCGCAUUACGCCGCCGCCUUUGCGCGCGUCGACGCGAUGGCGAUGCUCUGCGCGCACGACGCCAAGGCCGUGCGGGACGCGCGCGACCGAUUAGGCCGGUCGCCGCUGCACUGGUCCGCACUCUCGGCGCACCGGCCCUGGGCGUCGCAGGGCUCGCUGCGCGUCGCCGACGAAUUGCUGGCGGCUGGGGCUUCACCCAGAGCCCGCGACCGGACGGGCGCGACGCCGGCCCACGCGGCUGCACGAUUGGGAGCCGACGCGUGGCUGGACCAGCUCGCGAAGCGCGACACGGGCCUGCUCGACGAGCGGGACAACCGCGGCGUCUCGCCGCUCGACAUGCUCGAGACGCGGUACCGGAAGACGCGUCUGCGCAGUCGCUUCGCGUUCGACAACUGGAGCUUGCAAAUCCGACUCCCGCGGCCGUUCUCCCGUGACUAGUAACUAAAAGAAUGUCUAUAGUGAAAAA